CUUGACUCAUUAUUAGAGAUGCUGCAUGACGAGCAUUGUUGCUACUCACAUAGGCCAUGUGUAUUAGCACUCUGGAUUUGAACAAACAAGAGAUUAUGACAAGCUAGUGGACAAGGCUCGCCAUUGAACGGAAAAGCUCCAUGUCGAUGGAUACACGAGUGGAGCCACGUUGGGGAGAAAUUACGCGCAGGUGCGCACAGCGAGUCAGCCGUGAAUAGAGCAACUUCAGACUUUAAACAGCUCAGGAAAGAGACAAGAAAACUACAAUCUGGUUACCACAGAGAGAAAUUUGUGAAUUGUGUUGUUGGAACGGAUUUUUAGCCUUAAAAGGAAGUAAUGGAACCGUAGCUCUGAAACAUUUACGCGCCCGUGUCCGGUUAACAGACAACUAACAUAUUUUUGAAUCAUGUCGGUGAAAAAGAACUCUGCUGAGGCUGAAAUUUACCCUGAAAGUGAGGAAUGUCCUACAUUUGGCUUCGGAGAUGACCUGGAGAUAAAUCUGUUUGAUGGAUUGCCCUUUUCCUCUCGUUACUACAAAUUACUGAAAAAGAGGAAGACUCUCCCUGUGUGGAAGAUUAGGUACGAGUUUGAAGAUGCUCUGCUUAAAAACCAGCUGGUCCUUCUGUCUGGGACGGCAAAGACUGGACGAAGUACACAGGUUCCUCAGUGGUGUGCAGAGAUCUGUCUGUCUGCUCAGUACCAGAGUGGCAGGGUUGUGUGCACACAGACCAGCAGACAGCAGGCUGUCGAUCUGGCUCUAUGUGUUGCUGAUGAAAUGGACGUCAACAUAGGCCAUGAAGUGGGCUACACCAUCCCUCAAGAGACCUGCUGCUCCCCUGACACAAUUCUAAGGUACUGCACUGAUGACAUGCUUCUGAGAGAGAUGAUGUCGGACCCUUUUCUGGAGCACUAUGGAGUCAUUAUUAUUGACCAAGCCCAUGAGAGAACAGUAAGCACAGACAUACUGCUUGGUCUCCUCAAGAACAUCCUGCAGCAGAGGCCUGAGCUCAGAGUAGUGGUCCUCGCCAUCCCCCCAAUGACCGACAAGCUCCUGAACCACUUUGGCAGCAUUACACUCAUCAGUGUCCAGGACUCUUCUUCCACUGAGGUGGUCCACAGCAACAGUGGUGACAAAGACUACUUCUAUUCUGCACUGAGACUGAUACUGGAAAUACACCGAACCAAAGUAGAAGGGGAUGUUGUUGUGUUCUUAGCUUCUGAUGAGGAGGUUCAUUGUGCCUUCACCAUCCUCCAGCGUGAGUGCACAAGACUAGGGGCAGAACUGGGCCAGAUGGUCCCAGUUGUUCUGUGCCCUAUACAGGGAGGCAUACUACCUCUUCUGUCUGAGCAACCAUGCUCCCCAGGGUCCAGGAGGGUUUUCCUUUCCACCCAACAAGGGGGGGAUAUGUGGUGGUCUACAGAGUCUGUCAACUUUGUCAUUGACACAGGAGUUCAGAGGAAGAUGGUGUACAAUCCAAGAAUAAGAGCCAACUCAGAAGUACUACGACCCAUCAGUCAUUGUCAGGCAGAUGUACGUAAACAGCUCUCUGGACCAACAGGUAAAUGUUUCUGCCUGUAUCCAGAAGACAGUAAGCUCUCUGCAGAGAGUUCCCCUCAGCUCCUUGAGGCCAACAUCACACCAACAGUCCUUUUUCUAAAACGGAUGGAGAUUGCCGGCCUCGGACAGUGCGACUUCAUUGACAGACCAGAUCCUGAGGGUCUCAUGCAGGCGUUGGAGGAGCUGGACUACCUCGCAGCUUUAGAUGAUGAUGGCAACCUGUCUGAAAUUGGCAUUAUAAUGUCUGAAAUCUCUCUGGACCCUCAGAUGGCUAAAGCUUUACUAGCAUCCUGCGAGUUCGACUGCGUGAACGAAAUGUUGACGAUAGCCGCGAUGCUUUCAGCACCAUGCUGCUUUCUGGAGCCACCUGCUGGUAUGACACAUGAGGCUGUUCAGUGCCACAGAAGGUUCCAGCACCCAGAGGGAGAUCACUUCACCCUCAUAAAUAUCUACAACACCUUCAAGCAAAGCCAGAGAGAGCCAUAUUUCAGUGCUACAAAAUGGUGCCAGGACUAUUUCCUGGACCAUUCUGCCCUGAAGACAGCAGAGGCCGUCAGAUCUGAACUGACUGACACUCUGAACAGGAUCGAGCUUCCCAUCUCCGAGCCAUCCUUUGGCACCAAAACCAAUACCCUCAACAUCAAAAGAGCUCUGCUGGCUGGCUUCUUCAUGCAGAUUGCUCGAGAUGUGGACGGAUCAGGGAACUACUUCAUUUUGACACACAAGCACAUGGCCCAGGUGCACCCUCUGUCCUGCUACGGGGCUCAAUCACACAAGCUGGGGCUGCCAGAGUGGGUUGUUUUCCACGAGUACACCCUGUCAGAGAAUAACUGCAUGAGAACAGUCACUGAAAUUUCCCCUCAAGUGUUCAUUCAAAUGGCACCAGUUUACUUCUUCUACAAUCUGCCCCCUAGCGAAAGCAAAGACAUACUGCAGGACAUGUUGGACUCGGAUGGCUCCAGUAAAUGUAAAGAUGAGAAACAAGACGCCACCACAAUCAGCAGUGAUGCCCAUGGAAGCUGUGCAGUAGCGCAGACUUAUGACAGAUGCGUAAUUCAGUGAUUUGAAUGUAUAAAUGUAAAACUUCUGGCCUGUUUUUUAUCACCAGGGUCUGAAACAUUGUAUAUUUUUGUUUAAAAAAAAACUGAAGACAAAAUACUCUGGUGAUGGAUGCUGACUUAUUGCAGCAGUUGGAGCAAAGGCUUGAAGAGAUUGAAGCUGGCUGUUGGAACUGCAGAACUGAAGCCACACCUCUUCAGAUCCUCAAAGUACACAUUUAACUUACUGAUUAAAUG